AUGAUAUCUCCUAAGCUUCUUGUCGCAUUGGCUGCGGCUUUCGCCGCACUUUCCGAUUCUGCGAAUGCCCAGACCAACAUCACUGAAAAGGCCUGCGCUUCCUCAUCCGACUUCUCAAGAUGCAACAGGGAUGUUGCGGAGAAGUGGAGCUCCUGUGUGAGAGACUGUAAUGGCAAUGGCCACUGCAUUGUGGAUUGUGGCUGCGACUCCCACCGAAAGUAUAUUAAUUGCAUGGCUGAAUCAUGCUGGAAUCAGGUCUACUCCUGCAAGUACCAGCUCUUCAUCCAGCAAUACUUUGCCGUCUGCCCGAGUGCCCACGAGCCAAUUCCCUUCUGGCCAGCACCAAAGAACGCCCCGAACCGCUGCUCCUGUGACGUUGCCAAGGUGGUACAGACGACUUUAACCUCCCGCAAAGAACAAUUAAAUUGCAUAAAAAACGCCACCGAAAACAUCAGCACCAACAUCUCCGAUCUAUCAAAUCUCAAUACCGGACUUGACAUCGCAGGCCGCACUUCCGACUGUGCCUGCUGUGGCGCGAGCGCCAGUAUCUCUGCAUCAUGGGAUAUCUGCCCUCACACAGAGCCUCGACUCGCCGGCGCAGACAUGUGGAACGUCUUCUUCCCCUCCAGUCUACCAAACCUAUACACAUCGGUACCAGACUGGGCCUGGUCAUCUUCAUCCUGUGACUCGAAAAUCGACAGCACGAAGUGUAAAAAUCUCGGGUUCACAGCAGACAAAUUCUACAAGCCCGGCGACUAUCCCAAGAACGGGACCUCGACUCUCUCUGAGAUUGCUGGUACUGUUAGUGCUCCACCAAGCGGGACCGUUCUCACGUGGUCGCAGGCCUCGAGUACAUACACCGUCACUGCGACUGGGUAUGAUAGUAAGGCUGUGGCGAGUCAGAGUGAGUAUCGCGCUACGGCGACGGGAGAUGAUGACUUUGCGACGCAGACUUCGGAUAGUGCGGCUGAUGCUGUUGGUGUGCGGAAUGGCGGUCUAGGUGCGGUUUUGGGGGCGGCUUUUGCGGUUCUGAUGCUUUGA